AGUAACCCUUCUUCUCUUUCUUCUUCUCCUUAGGGGCUGGAUUUCGAGAUUCUUAAUGCUAAAACCCUAGGCGCCAUUGUUGGGGAGGCCAUGGAAACUCCUUCAAUCUCAAACCAGCGACCAUCGGAACUGAUUCAAACCAUCACAACGAUUCUCACUUCCACCAAAGCGCCUCUCACAGCACUCGCUCCUUACGCCGCUCACCUUUCCCCUUCCCUCGUCUCCUCCAUUUUAUCCUCUAAAGCUCUGAGUUCUCAUCCCACUAUUCUCCUCUCUCUCUUCAAGUGGGCUCAGAAGCAUGUUCCUUCCUUCUCUUCUCCGCCAAAUAAUUCUCUUUCUUCUCUCUUCACCAUCUUGCCAUCUCUGUUCAGUCACAACAAGUUCUCUGAUGCCAAAUCCCUUCUUGUCUCCUUCAUUGCCAAUGAUCGCCAGCAUGAACUUCAUAAGUUGAUUCUUCAUCCAACUCGUGAUCUUCCCAGGCCGUCCAAGGCUCUUAUGGAUACCUCCAUUGGCGCCUAUGUGCAAAUGGGCAAGCCCCAUCUGGCUGCUCAGAUUUUCAAGAAGAUGAAGCGGCUUAAUUACCGGCCGAAUUUGCUCACGUGCAACACAUUGCUGAAUUCUUUGGUACGAUAUCCUUCUUUGAAUUCGAUUCUGUUGUCUAGAGAGGUAUUCAAGGAUUCUGUUAAACUGGGUGUGGUGCUGAAUACUAAUAGCUUCAAUAUUUUGAUAUAUGGGUAUUGCUUGGAGAGUAAAUUUAAGGAUGCUUUGGAUUUGGUGAAUAAAAUGGGUGAGUUUGGCUGUGUACCGGAUAAUGUGAGUUAUAAUACGAUAUUGGAUGCAUUGUGCAAGAAGGGGCAGUUACAUGAGGCGCGAGACUUGCUGUUGGACAUGAAGAAUAAAGGACUGUUGCCUAAUAAGAAUACGUAUAAUAUUUUGGUUUCUGGGUACUGCAAAUUGGGGUGGUUGAAGGAGGCAACAAAGGUGAUCGAACUAAUGACGCAGAAUAAUUUGUUGCCUGAUGUUUGGACUUAUAAUAUGUUGAUUAGUGGGUUUUGUAAUGAUGGUAAGAUUGAUGAAGCUUUUAGGUUGAGAGAUGAGAUGGAGAAGAUGAAAAUGUUGCCUGAUGUGGUUACCUAUAACACGUUGAUUGAUGGGUGUUUUGAGUGGCGGGGUAGUUCGGAGGCAUACUGUUUGAUUGAAGAAAUGGAUAAGAAAGGACUAAAGUGUAAUGCAAUUACUUACAAUAUAAUGUUGAAAUGGAUGUGCAAGGAAGGUAAUAUGAAUGAAGCAACUAACACUGUCCAGAAAAUGGAAGAAAAUGGAUUCUCCCCUGAUUGUGUUACGUACAAUACUCUUAUAAAUGCUUAUUGUAAAUCUGGAAAAAUGGGAGAAGCGUUUAAAAUGAUGGACGAAAUGACCAGGAAAGGUUUGAAAAUUGAUACUUGUACCCUGAAUACUAUUCUCCAUUCUCUCAGUGGGGAGAAAAAGCUUGAUGAGGCAUAUAAGUUACUGUGCAGUGCUAGUAAGCGGGGCUAUAUUAUCGAUGAGGUUAGCUAUGGUACUCUGAUCAUGGGUUACUUCAAAGAUGAAAAGGCAAACAGAGCCUUAAGUCUUUGGGAUGAAAUGAAGGAGAGACAGAUUCUUCCAAGUAUUGUCACCUAUAAUUCUGUGAUUGGAGGACUAUGUCAGUCGGGGAAAACGGAUCAAGCUAUAGAUAAGCUGAAUGAGCUUCUUGAGAGUGGAUUAGUCCCUGAUGAAACUACUUACAACAUAAUUAUUAAUGGCUAUUGUUCGGAAGGGAAUGUGCAAAAAGCAUUCCAAUUCCAUAACAAAAUGGUUGAGAAUUUUUUCAAGCCAGAUGUCUUUACCUGUAAUAUUCUUCUUUGUGGGUUAUGUAGAGAGGGUAUGCUAGAGAAGGCUCUUAAGCUGUUCAAUACUUGGGUUUCGAAAGCCAAAGACAUUGAUGUAGUUACAUAUAAUACCUUAAUAUCUAGCCUGUGCAAAGAAGGGAAAUUUGAGAAUGCUUAUGAUCUUCUCACAGACAUGGAAGAGAAAAAAUUAGAACCUGAUAAUUAUACAUACAAUGCAAUUCUUGGUGCACUAACAGAUGCUGGGAGGAUUAAUGAGGCUGAGAAGUUUAUGUUGAAAAUGGUUGAAUCAGGAAAAUUGCAUGACCAGAAUUUAAAAUUUGACAAAGGGCGGAGUGUGGCAACCUCUGAACUUCCAGAACACAUCGAUUCCAAGUCUAUGGCGUACUCGGAUCAGAUAAAUGAACUGUGUAAUCAGCAUAAGUAUAAGGAUGCAAUGCAUCUUUUUGAUGAAGUUACAAAGAAAGGUGUUGUUUUAAACAGAUAUACUUAUCUAAGUUUGAUGGAAGGGCUGAUUAAGAGGCGAAAAAGCACAUCAAAGGCCAGCCGAUCAUAAUGUAAUCUUCAUGACGUUAUGAAUGUCAAAUGGGCUCAACCUUUCUGCAGGUUCUAAUUGAAUCUUGAGGGGUUUCUACUCAAGGAUGUAGGUGUCUCUCUAUUUUUUACGCACAAAAAGAUCUCUACAGUUAGUCAUUGUUGCCUGGCUUAGUGGGUGAUGAAAUUUCGUUUCUGUGAUGAAGAUCAGGUGUUUAUUCUUUUGCAUAUGGAGUGAAAUUUGCCCAGCUGUUACAAUGAUUCAUUCCAUACAAUGGUGCCGCGUAGAUGUGAUGGAUCGUUUUGAUUCAUUCCAUACUUUGAUUGACGUUUAUUGCCUAGUGAAAUGAAAGUAGUUUCAGGAGAGAAGAAUCAGAUAGGUGAUUUAGUUUUAAGAACUUUCUGGUUUUGAAAACAUUCUAACCCACCCUUCACCAAUAGACUAGCGGGAGUAAUGAUUGAAGCUUCCGAACAAAAAGAUGUGAUUCUGAAUGCAGAAAUGUCCUGCAAAUUAUCAUAGGAAACAGUUGGGAUGGCUGGAUGUGGUUGGUUUCCCGGGAUCAUUAGAACGGUACUCAACUUAUAAUCAGUAUAAAUCUCAAAGUACAAGGUAUUUGCUUUUUUAAGCAUAGGGAAGAAAGCUCGGCGGAGACCAGUCCAGCUGCAUAUCUCAUUCUCAAUAUAUGAAUGCCUGCUGUCUCGACAUGUGGCAGCCGCCUCAUGCAGAAGGGUUCAUGGGAGAAAGUUCCAACAUCGCAGCGGUUUCAAGUUUGUUCUUUUCCCUUCUGAUUCUCUCUUCCCUGCAAACCCCAUCUCCCAUGUGCUCUACUUCUGAAUUCAUUCCUAGCUUCCUAUUAUAUUACAUUAUGUGCUUAGAGGUUAGUUUCGCAUGAUGUUGAUAGGAUUUUUUUUGUAUACAUCACUAUAUCAAUAAAAUGGUCUCUGUUUCCUAUUUAAGAAAAAAAAAAAAAA